CUGGGACUCUCGUGUUUAGGUCUCCGUUACGUUGUUCUACGUUUGCUGCUGAUUGGCUGCUUUAGUGCUUGUCUGGGGAGGGUGGAGAAAGAUGGCGGCGACCUCUGCUGCAAAUGCAUCGGUUCGUGCAGCUACUGCCGUGAGACCGCUGCUGAGCCGCGAUUUGGGGGAAGCGAAACGUCGAGUUCGGGAGCUGUAUCGGGCAUGGUACCGUGAGGUUCCCAAUACGGGUAAGGCACAUUCCAGUAAUGAUAUCGGCCCUGUCCUUUUUAUUGACCUCCAACACUAGCAGCUUGUACACUGACACCGGCUGGAGUGACAGAGCCCCAUUUACACACAAGGGCUCACAGGGAUUUAAAUACUAAUAAUAAUAAUAGAUUUAAAUUGCUUUGUGUUAUGUACACGGUUAAAGCAGCUCUGUUAUAUCAUGAGUAUUUCACGAAGAUAAAAAUCUUUAUCAAAUUCUCAUGGUGACAGAUUGCAAGUGCCAAAUGCCAAUGCGAUAAAAUAGAUCUAAAGGUAAAGAAGGGAUUGCUUAGUUUUUUUUUUGGCAAUGUUCAGGCUGACAAAAGUCAAAGCUUCAGCGAUCAACUUGUCUAUGAGAAGGACCGGCUUUGGUAAUGCGCUGUGUAUCCCUGAAGUGUCACUAUUAUCCCUCUGAAAAAUUAGUAUUUCAUCGAGAUAGGAUCAUUCUGAAAUACUCAUUAGGAGUGUGUUAGAAUUUCACUGAAAUUCCUAUCCAGUCGAGAGAGAAACUGAGACAAAGUAGGGACUGUGAUGUGGCGCCUCUUUGGGUGGCUGCUGGAGUUUAUGGAUGUGGGAAACGUUGCAUAGUGAUUAGGAGAAGUGAGUAAGUUAUUGGUAAGUUACAUGACUGAUAUAGAUGAUAGGAAAUAUGUCUAAUAUCCGCUCUAAUAAUCAUCGGAACUGAUCAUCAGUCUGUCCCUAUCAAGCACCAUGAUCGCUCAGUGACUUGAAGUGGUCAUGGUGCCUAAAGUUUGUAUGUGCAGCGUUUCGCUUUGAAAGGCAGCACAUACAGAGUUUAACACCUCUACUGCCAAAGAUAUAAAUACACCUUUGGCAGUGCCCUCCAUUGGUUGAGAGCAGUCCACUUACAUUCUCAGCCAAGCAAUAGCAACUGGUUCGGCUUUCGGUCCCUGCAGAAGCUCGGAAGCCAACAAACAUCGAGCCUCAGAGCCCGGCAGAGACUCAAGUCAGAGGGCAAAAGUUUUCAAAUUUAUCUGCUCCACUACUAGGGAACGGGCUAGGGUACUGCUGGUACAGACUUCUUUUGUGGUUAUAGUGCAAGAGUGCCACAGCGUCCCACACAAAGUAGUCUAACCGGUUUUGGCAACUUACCUUGGUGCGCCUGGCCAACAAGCCUUUUCCAGUCUACUCUUGCAGGAGAAAGACUGGUAUCUAUAUAUAAUUAAAGCUGAUCCAGGUACUCAGCUGUCCCUCUCAGCCAGUAAACAUAUAUGCUCAUGCUUCGUUUUUGUAGAGCUAUCUGGAUAUUCCAGGAGGAGAAGACUGGAAGCUUCAAAGAAGAUCAUAAGCUCUUAUGUUUGACCCAGUGGUCUGUAUUGGGACUUUACAUAUUCCCUUGGACUUGCUUGUGCCAUCCUGAAACAUUGCACCAGGAGGGACAUACUGUCAUACCUCCAAGCACUAAGUCAGGAUCAUGCGCAAGGGGAGCCCUGAAGCUGUAUCUACGAUCUCCGAAUACAGAGACCGUUCAGUGUCUGAAUAUUGCAUCUAUUGAUAUGUUCUCCCUCUUCACUGCAGAUCAAAGGGUGGAGUUGCAUGUGUGAGUGCAUAGUAUAACCAUAAACAUAUGCAAUUGGUUGGCUAUAUGUAUGCAAAAUUUGUUCGUAGUUGUGGUGUGGUUAAAGAGACAUUCUGCUCCAAUUCCAGCAUAACUUAAUUUUACUAGUUUCCUUUUGGAAACUGGGAUUCCUAAAGAAUUUUGCGGUGCAUAAGUGUGGGCCCGAGGGGAACACUGUCUCGUUUUUUGUUUAGUAGACAUGUCCCUACUUGCAGUAUAGCGAGUAGAGGCAGAAGGAAGAUUUGAAUCUCCCUUAAUUGCUGAUACUACGUAAUCUUUACUUAGUAUUAGUAAAUUUGUCUGAAAGAUGCAGCCGCUGCACGAAUAGAAUCGUAAUUUUAUUCAUUCAAAUGAAUUUUUGAAGCGAACACAAAGUACCAAAUUGCAGCUUAACACGAAUGGACAAACUGUUCUCAGUUAGUGAAGUGAAGCAGCAGGAGAGGUGAGUAUUGUGGGAAAACUUCUUGAUCACAGGAAAUGGAGCGGACUUAACUCCUCCUCUGGGUCAAAGCUGGUCAAGCUUAGGAAAAAUACAUAAGACAAAGUAGGGACUAUUUUUUUUUUUUAAACAAAACUUAAUCAGUUAGGAAGAAAAGAAGAACAGAUCCUGAGAGAGGAAGAUAAGAGAAAGCGAUUGGGGAAAGGUAAGUGUGGCAUGAUAGUGCCGCCUUAAAAUGGUUUUUAACACUUUAACCCAUCCCAGACAUGUAGCGGAGAGGUAGUAUAAUCCACAAUAUCUCCACUGGUAGACAGGAACAGCAUACAAUUAUCCAGGUAGCAUUAUGAUAAUCCCUUCCUCCCAAGAACUAGACGACACAUAGUCUGGGAGUCAACUGAGCUUUUAUUCACAGGUCACGGUAUUUAUGCAGUUCCCCAUGCAAGGGGUUUCCAAACUGGUAUUGCAUGGGUUUUAAUCAAGGGGACUGUGUGGGAAACUGACCAUGCAAGGUUAUUUCCCAGCAUGCCCUGCUGUACUGGAGAGAUAAUCACCCAAGAAUAUACUGUUAAUUAGAUUAUCUCUAAGUACAGCAAAAUAUAACAUUUUACACAAAAAUACAUAACUUGUAAAAUAUGUGUUAGAUUUAUCCGAAUGACCCCUCAUUAGAUAGCUGGGAUCUGAGCGCACCAGCUGGUGAAAUACCGGUCAGAUCCCUGCAUUAUUAAACAAAAGCCAUUCGAAUUACGGUUUCAGACGAACAGACCUUGUAAUGUGAACAUAAACUGGUAGCUUGAAUAUGCCGAAAGAAUAAUCCAUCCGAAUGGUCUGGAAGUCCAGCGGUGUUCGUGAAGUCGAGUAGCUGAUUUUAGUUCCAGACACUCGACAACCAAACACCGCUGGGCUUUCGUGAGCAAAGAUGGCCGCCGCCACGUGUUUGGCAUACGAACGGCGGCCACCCGGGACACACAUUUAUGUUCUGUAGCUACAUUGUUGCAAUCUUUAAUGGGAGACACACGACCCCCUUGUGUGGUCUCCCAUUCGGUAGUCUGUUCGUUUCACGAACAGUGUUGAAAUUCACUGUUCGUGAAACUACCAUAUGAAUGUUAGCGGCUUUCUGGCCGCCUGCAUACGAAUUCUCUCUAACACAUAUAAAGCGGAACAUAAAACAAAGCAAUACAGCCGUAUCCCUGCAGUCUGCAAGACAACCCUUACACAUACAUUCAUUCUUAAGUGGCGAGGUUUGCCACAAGGCACCUGUCUGAAUGGCCUCCUGCGCGGCCUGCACACUAAAAAGACAUUAUUGCCUUGAUUGCAGAGAGGGUCAGACAAUGAUAGACUGAGAGCACCAGCUGAAAUUCUCAGUCUGUCAAUAGCAAACAAAACCUUGAGGUUAAAAGGUUUGAGAACAGUUUAACCCUGUAAGGUAAGGAGGUGCCCAGGGACAUUUAGCUUUUUAUGGACAUUGGAUGCCAAGUCUGUUUUUGAAUUAUGUGCAUCUGAUAUACACACAAACACAAGUCAUUGUUUCAGUUUUCAGAUUAAAAACAUUUUAGGAAACUGAAACCUUGACUACUGGUGACCCAUGAGUUGAAAUCUGUAGUUUUUGCCUGUUUUUGAUUAUUUUUCUCUUAUUGCCCCAAUUGCAUGCAUGUUUUCAUUGGGUAUAUAUCUACUUAACGGUUUUAUUCUUAUUUGGGGAGUGGAUUUUCCCUUUAACUGCAAAGAAAAGAGGACAUAAGAGAAAUAUUGCAUUUAGACUGUUCCAUCUUUAGUUGCUUUGCUUCCAUAUUCUCAAGUGUCAUCACUAUUCAAACUAGAUGGCCGUGAUUGACUUUGAACAUUGGGGUGUGGAUUGUCCCAGUUUGUCAUUGUCAUCUAGGUUGGAUGGAAAUGACAAUAAUGUGGAAGCUAAGCAUUCAAAUUAUAAGUGUGACAAUCUAUGGGUGUGGACAGUACUCCAUUUUAUUUAAUCAAACAAAAAAGCUGCCAUGAUGACCUUCAUUGUUUGUUUUGCAAUUUUUAGUCCAGGUUUACCAGUUGGAUAUCACAGUAAAGCAAGGAAGAGACAAAUUGCGCCAGAUGUUCCAGAACAAUGCCCAUGUAACAGAUCCCAGAGUUAUUGAUAUACUUGUUAUCAAGGUAAUUUUGGUACCACGCACAUUAAGUAGAUAUUAGGUUUUGAACUAAAAGAAAGAAAUCUACCUGAAAAGAAAUCCGUUAAAGAUUAGUUUUUCCAACAGGUUGUAAUUGUGUAUAUUUUUUUUAAUACUAUUUUUUUUGUUAAAUGGUUACUCCUACAUAUUGGAGUAACCCUUUUUGUGCUUUAUGUACUAUCAUUAUCUUUAGGGGCCCUCUUUUCACUGUAAUUUUUUAAUUUAAAAAAGCUAAUAAAAUGUUCAAAACUACCUAAAAUUCAGCGCUGGGCCAAGUUCUUCCAAUAUUCUUCCACGGCUCUCCUGUUGGGAUGCCGAGUCUUAUUUUACCGAUCUUCUGCCCAAUCAAAUGUUCCUAACAGAAAAACAUUGGUGUGUGUAUUUAAUUCCGUCACAUUUUUAUUUUUAAAUGCAGUACUAAAUCACUAAUAAAAAUGAAAUUUGGCACAAUAGUAUUGACAAGACUUGUGCACGAAUCCAUUUUACCUGUGACAAACUAAUCAAAUUCAUGUUAAUCUAUUCUCAAAGGCAUCAAUCCAUCCAGCCCAUAAACCACUGAUGUAUUGGAGCUUAUGGCAUAAGUUUAGAUUCCAUAGACCAGAGUGAAAGGCCUCUGAUUGGCAGGGGCCGGCCUGAAGUUGCAGUCAGCCUUUUCUAUUCUGCACAACUUUACAAUCUCUUAUAAAGUAUUUUUUAAUACAUUAGGAGUAUGAUGUAUUAUAAUAGAGACAUUUCUGACUUGUUUCCCUUUCCAUAAUUUUAUAGAAAAUAAAUCUUUGACAAUCUUCAUAUACAAUUUAUAAUGAUGUUGCAAGCACACAUUUUUUCACAUGCAGCUUCAGCUUUUUAAAUAAUAUCACCAUCUUGGUUGCCUAGAUAAGGGAAAAUAAUGUUGUAAGGGGGAGGGUGGGGAUGAAAAGUUUUUGAUGUCUAGAUCAUGCCCCUGAAAUCUCAUUGCAAAAGUAAAAACAAUGUUUAUAGUCAAGUGUGUUUCUGAGCUUAAAUCCCACAACAAAUAUACAUACUCCUCAAAUAUUAAUACUUGUAACUUAGUGGGAAAGCAAUAUCUAUAGAAACUUAAAGGGACACUAUAGUCACCUGAACAACUUCAGCUUAAUAAGGUUGUUCAGGUGAGAACUAUCGCUCCAUGCAGUCUCUCAUGUAAACACUGUAUUUUCUAAGAAAAUACAGUGUUUACAUUGAAAGCUAGGAACACCUCCAGUUGCAGUCACUCAGAGUGAACCAGAGGGACUUCAGAGUUGAUGGAGGCAUAAUAUGCCUCCAUCCACUCAGAUCUGCUGUCAGCAGAGCACAGGGCAGCACUGUGCACAGCAUCCUGUGAUUCAGUAUCUCCUCCCUCUGCAUGCAGACACGGAACUUUCCUCAUAGAGAUUCAUUGAUUCAAUUUGUCUCUAUGUGGAGAUGCUGAUUGGCCAGGGCUGUGUUUGAAUCAUGCUGGCUCUGCCCCUGAUCUGCCUGUCUCAGCCAAUCCUAUGGGGAAGCACUGUGAUUGGAUCAGGCUACCACAUGUCAGCAGACUACUUGUUUUUCUGAGUCUAACAGCAUGCAGAUUUCCAGCUUCAGGCUUGAAUACAGUAAGAUUUUUACUAUAUUUAUGGAGGUAUGAGGGGCCCAGGGGGGCUAGAUGGUGGUGUUAACACUAUAGGGUCAGGAAUACAUGUUUAUGUUCCUGACCCUAUAGUGAUCCUUUAAUACAUGAGGUAAUUGGGGCCAGCAAAAAGAGCACAGAGAGAACCUAAAUCAAGCACACUUGUAUUUAAAUAGGCACACCUUCUAUAUAAUUGGAGAACCCACAAACAAAUGAAUAUGUAGUAGAGGGAUUACGUAAUGUCCAUUAAUUUUAUUGUGUACACCUUUUUAAUUAAUCUAUAUGAAAAGAUACUGGUGCAGCAAAAAAGGAGGCACAUUCAUAAAGUGGUCUGCAGGAACAGGCUCACCUUUGUGAUUUGGAUAAAUGUUUUUUUAAAUAUUCAAAAUUAAAAUAUUAAGUAAUAUUAAGUAAUCUUAAAAAAUGUAUCCAAAAUUAUUAAAUCAUUUUGUAUGAGGGUGUGAUAAUUGAGGCUUUUUAACAAGUAUGUUCUCUUUUUAGAAUGAGGGCAUUGGUGAAUACUGCAUACAAUCCUUGUAGCUCUAAUUAAGCAUAAUCAUACAUUUUGUUUGUUUUUAUGCCUGAGGUAGAACCAUUCCAAUUGUUGACUUUGUUUCUGGCAAGCAAAUUCUAGAACUUAAAAAGUUUUGUACUUAAGUAACUUUAUUUUUCCAUUGUCAUUAACUAUACUAAUAAUUUUCUGUUCCACUAGGGAAAGAUGGAACUAGAAGAAACUAUUAAGGUUUGGAAGCAAAAGACUCACAUCAUGCGCUAUUUCCAUGAAACUGAAACUCCUCAACCCACUAAUUUCCUCUCCAAGUUUUAUGCUGGGCAAGACCCCUGAUAGCUUUUAAUUUAAAUUUUGUUUAAUAAACUGCUACUUUUCCAGUCGAAUUUAGUCCUAUUUUGUUUUUCUUCUUCAAUACUUUGUAAAAUGUCUGACAUUGCAAGAAACACAUAAAGUGCAUGUGUCUCAGAUGCACCAAUACACUGUUUUUAUUCAUUUCAAACUUUAGUAUAUAACAUAAUCAUAUAAAACUAUUAAAAAAGGGAAGAAAAAGGCUAACAGAACCAGC